AAUUUUGCGCCCGUCAAAAUAAAAAAUAUUUGCAUUUUCUUUUGAAAUUAGAAUUCGAUUUGAAACUAACAGCAAAUUGUAAUGCGCUCGCGCACCAGAAGUCGCAGCCCACAAAGGCGUCGCGAGAGGCGUGAGGAACACUCUCGCUCGGACAGAAAUGUGAGCAACAAGCCGGAGCGCCGCCGGUCGCCACUACGCAAGAGCAGAUCCGUGUCCCAGGCACGCUCCCGCUCCGACAGACGAGUGAGCAGCAAGCAGGAUCGCCACCGCUCGCCAUUACUCUCCAGGGAGAGGGAGAGGGACAGACCUCGCCGCAAUUCGCGAUCGCCACAGACAGGUCGAAAAAAUGAACGCGAGCGUCGCCGCUCCCGGGAGAAAGUAUCAGCAGCACAGCGUCGUCGCUCCCGUUCCCGUUCUCUAUCGUCCAGCAGCUCCUCGAGUGGCAGCAGCAGUGAGGAAAGCGGCAGCAGCAGCAGCAGCGACAGUCACACGACAAAGAAGAAACCGGCCAAGCCCGUGGAUCGCUGGCCCAAUGACCGCUUCAAGGACUAUAACGAUAAGAGCAAAAAUCCCUUUAAAGGUUGGGUUGCUGGAGGCACCUUCAUGGACGAUCCUGCGGAGCCAUCUACCCGUUCCUCCCACUACAAGGGCCGCGGUGUGCCCAUCUAUAAUGACAUCAGAGCCAUCGACGCACGUCGCGAGCAACGUGUGCGCAUUGGGGAAGAGGGCGUGCCAGAUGUGUGGGCCAAGAGCCCGACCCGCGACGAGCUAGACGAUGUGAAGCUGGUGAAGGGCUCCUACGUGGGACCCAAGAAAAAGAAGAAAAAGAAGGGCAAGGGAAAGAAAAAUGAUAAGAAAUCAAAGAAGAAAUCCAAAAAGUCGAAGAAGAGAAAGAGCAAGAAGGAUUCAAGUUCCUCCGAAUCAUCAUCCAGUUCUGGGAGCAGCGAUUCCAGCGACGACAGCUCCUCCAGCGACAGCUCAAGCUCGGAAAGCGAGGACGAGGACGUGUGGCUGGAGAAGACGGCCGAGGGCAUUAAGAAACCAAAAAAGAAAAAAGCCUCGGCCUCCAAGAAAGACAAAAAGGGCAAAAAGAAGAAGCGCAAGUCUGACAAGGCAGAGAAGUCGAAAAAGUCUUCGUCCGGCGGUGUCAAAUCACGCUCCAAGGAUGGCGGUAACAACGACGAUGAUGUGGGCCCAUCUCUGCGCCCAUCUGGCAGCUUGAAUCAAAAGGAUUUCGGACGCGCCCUGCUGCCGGGAGAAGGAGCUGCCAUGGCCGCCUACAUAGCCGAUGGCAAGCGCAUUCCGCGUCGUGGUGAGAUUGGACUCACAUCCGACGAGAUUGCCAACUUUGAGUCCGUGGGCUAUGUGAUGAGCGGCAGUCGUCACCGUCGCAUGGAGGCUGUGCGUAUCCGCAAGGAAAAUCAGUUGUACUCCGCGGACGAGAAGCGCGCCCUGGCCAUGUUCAGCAAGGAGGAACGUCAGAAGCGCGAGAACAAGAUACUGUCCCAGUUCAAGGACAUGAUUCACUCCAAACUCCAGGCAAAGGACAAAAAGUAGACACACAACAAAUAAUGUAAAACGAAAAGGGGAAAAAUGUAAAAAGAAGGAAAAGACGGGAGAGAAUUGUAAAAAAAAUAGUUUUAUAAUAAAACACCCAGUUCCAUGUCCCGCCGAA